AUGGAUUACCAGAACCGAGCAGGCUCCAAAUUCGGUGGCGGUGGUGUCGCCGACCGCUCAGCUACCAACGCUGACCGUCGCGAACGUCUGCGCAAGCUCGCCCUAGAACACAUCGACCUGGAAAAGGAUCCUUACUUCUUCAAGAACCACGUUGGAAGUUUUGAGUGCCGUCUCUGUCUCACAGUUCACCAAAAUGACGGCUCCUACCUUGCCCACACUCAGGGCAAAAAGCAUCAGACCAACCUCGCCCGUCGCGCUGCACGCGAGCAACGCGAAGGCAAGAACCAAGAUCCCUCGUCCCUACCUGGUGUAAUGGGUGUGCAAGUGAAGAAACAGACAAUCAAGAUCGGACGGCCGGGCUACAAGAUUACCAAGGUCCGGGACCCCUUGACCCGUCAAACAGGCCUGCUGUUCCAGCUGCAAUACCAAGAAAUCACACCCGGUGUUCUCCCACGAGUACGCUUCAUGUCUGCAUUUGAGCAGAAAGUCGACGACCCGGAUAAGAAUUACCAGUACCUGGUCGUUGCGGCGGAGCCUUAUCAGACAUGUGGUUUCAAGCUUCAGUCGAAGGAGGUCGAUCGCCGGGAAGGCCGGUAUUGGACUUGGUUUGAUGAGGAUAGUAAGGAGUUCUGGAUACAGAUCAUGUUUAAGACAGAGCGUGAGGAGAGAUUCACUGGUGUGCCCGGAUUGGCGCCUAUGCAGAACUGA